GUCAGAUAACAUUUGUUUAUCUCUUAAAAGCUAAUAUUUAUGCAAUUUAAAAUUAAAAUUACUAUUUAUUGUAUUUCUGACAAACUAUACAUUUCAGUUGGUUUUGGCAGUGGCACUUGCAGUUAAUUCUCUCGUAUAGUUUUCAUCGGAGAGACUUGGAUUAAGCAACCAACUAUUUUCUAAAGUCAAAUUUAAAUUUAUCUAUUAUGUAUUAAACAAACUAUCUUCCCAAUUUCAAUGUAUGUACGGCUGUGAUAGCUUAAAUAGUAAAUAGUUCCUGUUAGUAAUUUAUUCAUAGAAUAUGGCUCUUAUAUACUUCAUUUUUCUUGGACUAGCUUGUUUGGGAGCUAAAGGAGAGGAAGACAAACUUAAUGGUGUUGUAGUGAUUUACAGACAUGGUGAUAGAACACCUGUUGAUCCUUACCCAAAUGACCCCUACAAGAAUAGAUCAUACUGGCCUAUUGGAUUUGGACAACUUACAAAUAAAGGAAAACAACAGCACUUCCAACUGGGACAAUGGUUUAGAGAUAGAUAUGAUGGAUUUUUGCCAAGAAACUAUUUCGUAGACGAUAUUUAUGUGAUGUCAUCAGACUACGACAGAACUCUUAUGUCAGCCGAAGCAAAUCUGGCUGGCCUAUAUCCACCUGUAAAAACGCAAACGUGGGAACCGAAACUUAAAUGGCAGCCGAUUCCAGUACAUUCCAGUCCUAGAAAUCAAGAUGCACUGGUAGCUGGCCAGAAACCUUGUGCUAAAUAUGACCUGUUAUUGAAACAACUUUAUAAAACGCCGUAUUUUAGAAAUAUGAGCCAUAGCAAUCAUGAUCUAUUUGCUUACUUGACGAGAUACACUGGACAUGUAGUAGCAGAUUUGAAAGAAGUUCAAUACUUGUAUAGUAAUCUAUAUAUAGAAAGUUUGUUCAACUAUACUCUACCGCCAUGGACCUCCAAAGUUUUUCCCGGUAAAUUGAAGUCCUUAGCUAGUGUAGGCUUUGCAGUGGAGACUUGGACGCCUGAAAUGGCUAGGUUCAAAACAGGCCCUUUAUUUAACUAUAUAACGAGCUAUUUUAAAAAUAGGACUUCAAAAAAUCCAACCUCUACAAAAUUUGUAGUAUUUUCCGCUCAUGAUACGAAUAUUGCCAAUGUACUUAACUCUAUGGGAGCUUUUGACCCUCACUGUCCUCCUUAUACAAGUACCAUUUUGUUCGAGUUGUGGAGAAAUGCUCGUGGUGAGGACUAUGUAAACAUUUUGUACAAGAAUACUACCGAACCACGGCCAAUAGCUUUAAAAAAUUGUCGUCUUAAUUGUAGCCUGUCUGAUUUUGUUGAAAUUUUAAAACCUAUUACCAUAACUCUAGACCAAUGGGAGAAAGAAUGCGUAGUUAGAUGGGAUUUCGUUUGGCCUUUGACAUUCCAAUGGAAUAUUAUCCUGAUAUGUUCAUUGAUAACAGUCAUUUUGCUGUUAUCGGCAGUGAUAGUAGGUGUUCGGAAAUCUAGAAAAGAAUGUGAUAAUAAUUAUAUACAGUUGCCGAAUGAAGAGUACGCCUAGUCGAUUAAUUUUAGGAAAAUUGAUAGUUUUGAAUUGAUUGGUAAAUUUAUUGGACUGAACUGUGUAGUAUUUAAAUAAAAUAUUG